UAAAGCACCAUUACGCUUUAUUUGGAAAUGACGACGGGCUACAAUUUAUUACGCUCCUCCCGUCCCCCGCGUUGACGUACCGCCCGGAGUGUACGUAAGCGGCUACGCACUCGCACCUGCGCUGUGUAGUCUCAACCAUGGCGCCCGGUGUACGGGCCGUGUUGACGGGAAUAUGUCUCACCGCCUUCGCUAACAUAUGUUGGGCUUACCCGGCGUGGGACAACCCUUGGUGGCCCCGAGAUUUACUGGAAAAAUUCGACGCAACGUUUGAGGAAUUGGAGCGGCAGCGACCUCCGCAGGGACCGUUCGUGUGUACCACUCUGAAGUCAUGGAGGGUGGAGAAUUUGAUAGCUUCAGGUACAGAAGGGGACAGGAUCGACCGAAUCAUCGGCUACGGUUGUGAGCAGCCGGCGUCCUCACAGACCACGUGGAUUUGCGAGCCGAGCCGGCCUGACACGGUGUGCGCUGGCCCGGUGCUGGGGACGGUGUUUAACUGGGAGAAGGAGCGGGAGGCCGGCCCGGGACAGACCAGUAUGAUGGAGGAGGAGGAUGUAGAGAUCGGCCCAGGAGACAUCAACACUGUCGUUCUGGCCAUGCGGUUCACCGACGAUGGAGAAGAAGAGAGUGAAGAGGAGGAAAACGUUCAGGAAGAUAAAAAUAAAGUGGAUGCCCAGUCAAUAGCUGAACGUGGAAUGGAGGACAGUUCUCUACAGGUUGUUGAGGACUGGCCUGCCCAGAACCUGGGCCUGGGUCAGGUGUCCGGAGUGGCCGUGUGUCCGGCUGGACACGUCCACGUGUUCCACAGGGGUGACAGGGUCUGGGACGACAGCUCGUUUGAUGACGAGAACGUGUAUCAGCAGCAGGACCUGGGCCCGAUCCAGACGGACACCGUGGUGGAGCUGGACCCCAGCACGGGGGAUCUGGUGCGCAGCUGGGGGAAGGGCAUAUUCUUCCUGCCCCACGGCCUGGCCAUGGACGGGGACGGGAACUACUGGCUGACGGACACCGCCAUGCACCAGGUCUUCAAGUUCCCGGCCAGCGGCGACUCCGUACCCCUCCUGGCGCUCGGGGAGGCCUUCCAGCCCGGAAGUGACGACAAACACUUCUGUAAGCCCGCCGACGUGGCGGUGGACGACAGUACCGGGGACUUCUUUGUUGCAGACGGCUACUGCAACAGUCGCAUCAUGAAGUUCUCCAAGGACGGCUCCCUCCUGCUGCAGUGGGGGCACCCCAGCCCCCAGGGGCACGGCUUGUCUGGCCCUCCCCCCGGGACGUUCAGUGUCCCCCACUCCCUGGCCAUGGCCCGGGACCGUGGGGAGGUGUGCGUGGCAGACAGGGAGAACGGACGGGUGCAGUGCUUCGACAUCAAAGAGGGAAAAUUCACCAGACUGUUCCGUGAGAGGGAGUUCGGAGGCCGGGUGUUUGCUGUAGACUACAACCCAGACCAGGGAGGGGUCCUGCACCUUGUGAACGGACCGACGCUGGUCGGCGCCGCCAUGCCUGUGGAGGGCUUCACGGUCAGGUUCAAUGACGGGGAGAUCCUGGACACGUUCCGACCAACCGCACGGGGUUUCAGCCAGCCCCAUGACGUUGCCUCUGCUCCUGACGACUCUGCUGUCUACGUUGUUGAGAUCGGCCCCAACAAAGUGUGGAAGUUUGUUCCCGCCAACGAGCAACCCAACGUCAUCUUACCGCCAUAGGCUCGUAUCUGCACACAACACAAAUGUGUUAGUGGAGCAGAUAACAUC